AUGAAGCAGUUUCUCACUUUUUCUUUCCUUGGGACGGCCCUUGGGUAUGCCCACCGCAAGCGGCAGGACGGCCCUGUAGAUUCCUCAACUUCGCCCGACUGCACCUGGUACGACACGGCCCUGGACAGCUCCUACGACUGCGCCUACUUUGAGUCCAUGUGGGCAUUGACCCAUGAGCAGUUUGUUUCCUACAACCCGUCUGUCGAAGACGACUGCAGCGGCAUUGUCGUGGGCAACUCGUACUGCGUCGAGGUCAACUAUGGGACCCCCCUGCCUACGCCGACCACUGCAGAGCCCACGGCCACGGCUAGCCCUAAGCCUUCGCCCACCCAGGAGGGCCUGGCCGACACCUGCACCGCCUUUUAUAUGGCCGCUACUGGUGACUCCUGCCAGAAGAUCGUCGACAAGUACCGCACUUUUACUGUGGAUGACUUUCUUACUUGGAAUCCGGCUGUUGGCGAGGACUGCGCUGGCCUCUGGGCUGAGUACUACUAUUGUGUCGGCGUGCCUGGUACACCGACCACCCCCCUCCCUACACCCACGACAACCCCAACCCCGACAGGUCCUUCGCCCACGCAGGAUGGCAUCGUCGAAAACUGCACUACCUUCUAUCAGGCAGCAAAAGGCGACACUUGCCAGAAGAUAGUGUCCAAGUACGGUACCUUUACCCAAGAAGACUUGAUUACCUGGAAUCCGGCCUUGGGGGAUGACUGCUCCGGUCUAUGGGCCGAGUACUACUACUGCGUCGGUGUUCCAGGGUCCCCAACUACAAGGCCUACCACGUCCACGUCCACGUCUACAGCGACUACAUCCUCCGGACCAUCGCCGACCCAGACCGGCAUUAUCGGCACAUGUACCUCGUUCCAAAAGGCUGUCAAAGGUGACACCUGUGCCGCUAUCGCCCAGGAACACGGCACAUUCACGCUCGACGAGUUCCUUGAAUGGAACCCGGCUGUUGGCAGCGACUGCUCGGGGCUUCAAAUUGGAUAUUACUAUUGUGUUGGAAUCCCCGGCACGCCAACAGAGCCACCAGCAACAACAACCACAGCAACGAACCCGGGCUGCACAAGUGCACCAACCCCAACGCAGCCUGGGGUCUCCUGCUCGUGCAAGAAGUGGCACAAGGUGGUCAGCGGUGACACCUGCGCCAGCAUCCAGAUAGAGUACAACAUUUCCGUCGCCAACUUCAACAAGUGGAAUCCGGGGGUGGGCAGUGACUGCUCGACGCUGUGGCUGGGGUAUAAUGUUUGUGUGCGCAUGUGA